AUGGCCUCCGGCCAACCGUUCGCGUCGCGCUCGUACGCCGGCACCAAAAUCCCGGACCGCUCCGUCAACGCGAACGCCAUGCCCUUCAGCGCCUCGUCCUUCUCCAGGCAUCGUGGCCUAGGCGCCACCGCUCCUGCUGAUUUUGGAGGCCCCGAAGGACCCAAGCAAAACCAGCAGGCUACAAAUACCCCGGCCGCGCAAAGCCACGGGCCCGCGCAGGAUGCGAAUCCGUUGAACCGAUUGACAGAGGAGCAGCGUGAAGAGAUCAACGAAGCUUUCACCCUCUUCGAUCUCGACCGCGAUCGUCACCUAGACUACCACGAACUCCGCGUCGCUUUCCGUGCCUUGGGCUUCACUCUCGCAAAACAAGAACUCAUUUCCCUCCUCACAACCUACGGUGUCCCGCGUCCACAGGUCCAACAACAACAAGGACAGAAUAACCCCAAUGCACCGGGGAGCCAGGUCUCCAAGGGCGGGAACCCACAACACCCGUCCAACCUUCUCAUGCCGCUCUCGUCGUUCCAGGCUGUGACAGCGUUGAAGAUCUUGGAGCGUGACCCGCGUGAUGAGAUCCUGCGUGCUUUUGAGUUGUUCGAUGAGGGUCAGAAGGGAUUCAUUGAUCUGGAGGACUUAAGACGUGUUGCACGGGAGUUGGGCGAGACUGGUCUUGAGGAGGAGGAACUCAGGGCUAUGAUUGAGGAGUUUGAUCUUGAGGGUGUUGGCGGUGUCACUCGGGAGGCAUUUGUGGGCAUUUGCUGGCAGUGA